AUGGCCAACACUUCCACCUCCUCGAACGGCGCCGUGCCGUCUUCCAGCAACUCGAGCUCCUUUGAGAUGCUCAGCAACCCCUCAUCCCCCUCCAAAUCUUCCUUCUCCAGUCUCAAUACCAUUCUUCUCAAGCUCUUCAAUUCUCCCAGUCCUCCUCAGAUCAACCCCAAUUUCUUCAGUUCGACACCCGCUAAUACUCCCCAGCCCGCCUACGAGGAUGUAGCCAUCAUCGGCAUGGCCUGCCGCACGGCGGGAGACAACACCACGCCCGAGAAGCUGUGGCAGUUCCUUCUGGACAAGAAGGACGCAUCUGGCGAGGUGCCCAAGAAGCGGUGGGAGCCGUGGUACCGGCGAGACGUGCGGAACCCCAAGGAGAUCGACAAGGCCAUCAACCGCGGCUACUUCAUCGAGAACCUGGAGAACUUCGACGCGUCCUUCUUCGGCAUCUCGCCGAAGGAGGCGGAGCAGAUGGACCCGCACCAGCGGCUGGGCCUGGAGCUGUCGUGGGAGGCGCUCGAGAACGCGGGCAUCGACCCCAAGACGCUGGGCGGGUCCGACACGGCCGUGUACAUGGGCGUCGACUCGGACGACUACUCGCGGCUGCUGCUCGAGGACAUUCCCAACAUCGAGGCGUGGAUGGGCAUCGGGUCCACCGCGCACGGCAUCCCCAACCGGAUAUCGUACCACUUCGACCUGAUGGGCCCCAGCUCGGCCGUCGACGCGGCGUGCGCGUCGUCGCUGGUAGCUGUCCACAUGGGUCGCCAGGCCAUCGCCAACGGUGAGUCGCAGGUCGCCAUCGUCGGUGGUGUCAACGUGCUGUGCUCGCCGGCGCUGUUCGUCAUGCUGGGCAAGGCGGGCGCGCUCUCUCCCGACGGCGUCUGCCUCUCGUUCGACGACGAUGCGCACGGCUACGCGCGCGGUGAGGGUGGUGCGGUGCUUGUUCUGAAGCGCCUGUCGGACGCGCUCGCCGACAACGACAACGUGCUGGCGGUGCUGAAGGGCAGCGCGCUGGCGCAGGACGGCAAGACGAACGGCAUCAUGGCGCCCAACGCCAAGGCUCAGGAGCUGGUGGCGCGGCAGGCGCUGGAGCGGUCGGGCGUCGACCCGCUGUCGGUCGGCUACAUCGAGGCGCAUGCGACGUCGACUUCCCUGGGUGACCCGACCGAGGUGUCGGCCAUCUCGGCCGUCUACGGCAAGGGGCGCCCUGUCGACGCACCCGCCCACAUCGGCUCCAUCAAGCCCAACGUCGGCCAUCUCGAGGCCGCCGCUGGUGCCAUUUCCCUCGUCAAGGCUGUGCUCGCUGUCAACAAGGGUGAGCUCGCGCCGCAGACGCGUCUGCAGAAGCUCAACACGCGUGUUGACUGGGAGAAGUCUGGCCUGAAGGUGGUUCGCGAGCGCACCAAGUGGACGGAGCCGCAGGGUACCCCCCGCCGCGCCGCCGUAUGCUCAUACGGCUAUGGCGGUUCCGUCUCGCACGUCGUCAUCGAGCAAGCGCCGGCGAACAACAACAGCGCUGCACCGAUCCAGGAGACGGCCUCGGAGCCCGUCACGCUGGUCAUCUCGGCGCCGCAGGAGAAGAGGCUGACUUCGCAGGCCACGGCGCUGGCCGACUGGCUCGAGGGUGCCGGCAAGGACGAGGACCUCAAGGGCAUCGCCGCAACCCUCGCUCUCCGCCGCGCUCCCCACCACUACCGCGCCACCUUUGUCGUCGGCAGCCACGAGGAGGCCGUAGAGUCUCUGCGCACCUUCGCCAAGGGAGGAUCGGCGGAGUGGGUUGCUGACGGACGUGUCUUCGAUAACGCUACUAAGAAGGACGCCGUCUGGGUCUUCUCGGGCCAUGGCGCGCAGUGGGCCGACAUGGGCAAGGAGCUGCUGCAGAACCCCGUCUUCCUGCAGACCAUCACGCCGCUGGACGACAUCGUGCGGAAGGAGGUCGGCUACUCGGCCAUCGAGGUGCUGCGGACCGGCGACUUCGAGCACUCGGACCACAUCCAGGUGCUCACCUACGUCGUCCAGGUCGGCCUCGCCCAGGUGCUGCGAUCCAAGGGCGUCGAGCCGUCGGCCGUCAUCGGCCACUCGGUGGGCGAGAUCGCGGCGUCGGUGGCGGCGGGCUGCUUGACGGCCGAAGAGGGUGCGCUGGUCGUGACGCGCCGGGCCAGGCUGUACGCGCAGGUCAAGGGCCUGGGUGGCAUGGCGCUGGUGAACCUGCCGUUCGCACAGGUUGCGGCGGAGCUGGGCAACAGGCGCGACAUUGUGGCGGCCAUCGACUCGUCGCCGUCGUCGUGCGUGGUGAGCGGCGAGGCAGGCGCGCUUGCCGAGUACGUCGAGGCCCUGAAGGCGCGCAGCAUCAAGACGUUCCAGGUCAAGACCGACAUCGCCUUCCACUGCCCCAUGCUCGAGAAGCUGGCCGACCCGCUCGCCGAGGCCCUGUCCAAGGCCCUCAACCCGCGCCCGCCCGUGGUGCCGCUGUACUCGACGUCCAACACGUACCCGCGCGCCGACAGCCUGCGCAACAUCGACUACUGGGUCAACAACAUGAUCAGCCCCGUCUGGCUCACCUCGGCCGUCAACGCCGCCAUCGAGGACGGCUUCCGCGUCUUCCUCGAGGUCUCGACCCACCCCAUCGUCAGCCACUCGAUCAACGAGACGUUGGCCGAGCGCGACCUGACCGAGUCUGCCAUCAUCUCCACCAUGAAGCGCAACUCGUCCGCCUCCCGCAGCAUCCAGCACGCUAUUGCCCAGCUCUGGGGCAAGGGCUCGCAGGUCGACUUCAAGGCCCAGUUCGGCCGUGCCUGGUGCCAGCGCGUGCCCGGCACCCCGUGGGCUCACAAGCCGUACUGGCGUGAGGUCGAGACGGGCCCGACUGGCGAGGGCACCCAGCACGACGUCGAGAAGCACACGCUGCUCGGCCAGCGCACCCCCAUCGCCGGCACCGACACGGUCCUGUACACGACCAAGCUCGAUGACAAGACCAAGCCCUUCCCCGGCACCCACCCGCUCGACGGCACCGAGAUCAUCCCCGCUGCCGUCUACGUCAACACCUUCCACCACGCCACCGGCGGCACCGAGCUGAGCGAGAUCAAGCUGCGCGUGCCCGUGUCCAUGAGCAGCGACCGCCGCGAGGUGCAGAUCGUCGUCCAGGGCGAUGAGAUCAAGGUCGCCUCGCGCCUCGAGCAGAAGAACGGCUCCACUGACGACCUGGAGCACCAAUGGAUUCCCCACAGCUCCGCCCACUGGAGCACCCCCAAGAAGGCCGCACCCACCCAGGUCUUCGACAUCGAGGGCAUCAAGAAGCGUAUUGGCACCAUCCUGCCCAACAGCUUCGCCUGGGACUACCUGCAGAAGAUUGGCGUCUCGGGCAUCGCCUUCCCGUGGGGCGUCGUCGAGCACUACGGCAACGAGAAGGAGAUGAUUGUGCGUGUCGACAUGAACCCCGACACUGACAGCAUGGACUGGGACCCGCAAUCGUGGGCCCCGCUGCUCGACGCCGCCACCUCGGUCGGCUCGACCAUCUUCUUCAACGACCCGCGCAUGCGCAUUGUCUCUCAGAUCGACAAGGUCUUCCUCCUGUCGGACGCCCCGCCGCCCAAGAUCGGCUACCUCUACAUCGAGGAGGCUGCCGACGACAAGAGCCCGGCCUCGCACGUCAGCGUGCUCAACGAGAAGGGUGAGAUGAUUGCCAAGUUCCAGUCGAUGCGCUUCUCGGAUGUCGAGGGCGCUUCGGGCAUUGGCGGCGGCGUCGAGAGCCUGGCCCACCAGAUUGCCUGGAUCCCGCCCAAGUUUGCCGAGAAGCCGCUGCAGCUGAACUCCGUCGUGCUGGUGUCCGAUGACUCUGCUCUCCUGGAGCAGUACUCGGCCCAGCUGAAGGGCCAGGUCCCGCAGGUGCUUCUUGCCAACGCUGCCGAGGAGCUGAGCCAGCCGCAGACGCUCGAGAUCCUCAAGAAGAAGGGCUCUGCCGUCGUCUACCUCCCUAGUAAGGUCGAGUCUCUGGAGGAGGUUCCUGAUGCGACCAACCGCUUCGUCUGGGAGACGGUCCUCAUGAUCAAGCAGCUCGUCAACUCGGGCGCCGCGGCCAAGCUCUUCGUCAUCACCGAUGCCGUGCACAAGGGCGAAUCCAACACCGCCCUUGCCCACGGCGCGCUGUACGGCCUGGGCCGCAUCGCCGCACAGGAGCACCCGGACGUCUGGGGCGCCUUGAUCGACAACGAGGCCCCAGUCUUCCCCACCAUGGCCAUCAAGUACGUGCGUGAUGUCGACAUCAUCCGCAUGGAGGACGGCAUCCCGCGCGUCGGCCGCAUGAGGCCGCUUGCCCGCGACCAGCGUCACCCAGCCGACUCAAACAAGACGCUCCUGCCCAAGCCCGAGGGCACCUACGUCGUCACUGGCGGCUUUGGCGACCUUGGCCUGGAGGUGCUGGACUUCCUGGUCGAGAAGGGCGCCCGCCGCAUCGUCGUCGUCUCUCGCCGCGCGCUGCCGCCGCGCAGCAAGUGGAACGCCAUCCCUGACAACCUCAAGCCCGUCGUCGCGAAGAUCCGUGCCCUCGAGAAGCUGGGUGCCUCGAUCCACGCGGUGCCGCUCGACAUUGGCGCCGCCGACGCCCACGAGCAGCUCACGGCCGCGCUGGACCGCCUGUCGCUGCCGCCCGUCCUCGGCGUCAUCCACGCCGCCGGCGUCCUCGAAGACAACCUCAUUCUCGACACGACGGCGCCGUCCUUCGCCCGCGUCCUCCAGCCCAAGGUCGCCGGCUCGCUCGCCCUGCACAAGGCCUUCCCGCCCGCCACCCUCGACUUCUUCGUCCUCUUCUCGUCCAUCGGCCAACUCGUCGGCACCGCCGGCCAGUCCCCUUACGGCUCGGCCAACGCCUUCCUCGACGCCCUCGCCUCGCACCGCCGCGCCCACGGCGACAACGCCGUCGCCUUCCAGUGGACCGCCUGGCGCGGCCUCGGCAUGGCGACCUCGACCGACUUCCUCACCGUCGAGCUCAACUCCAAGGGCAUCACCGACAUCACCCGCGACGAGGGCUUCCGCGCCUGGGAGCACGUCGCCAAGUUCGACGUCGCCCACUCUGUCAUCACGCGCGCCCGCCCGCUCGAGGUCGGCGAGCCAGCUCCCAUUCCGCUCGUCGAGGAGAUUGCGCCGAGGCGCGUCACCAACAUUGGCGCUGCUGCCGCCGCCGCCGCGGAGGAGAAGAAGGGAGACGCGGAAGCAAGGCCUAAGGACGGACCGGAGCUCAAGGCUUGGUUGUCGGUCAAGAUCCGUGAGUGUAUCGGCGCGGUGCUGAUGAUGAAUGAUAUCGAAGACAUCGAUCCGCGCGCUGCGGUGUCGGAUUUGGGUGUCGACAGCGUGAUGACGGUUGCGCUGCGCCAGAAGCUGCAGGCGGCUAUGGCGCCCGUCAAGGUGCCGCCGACGCUGACGUGGAACCAUCCCACUGUUGUGCACCUCGUUGAGUGGUUUUAUGGGAAGUUGACGGAGAACUAA